GGAAACUCUGCACUUGCCUCUCAACUUUGCCAAUGGUUGAUCAUGAUUACAAUCUUCUGUUAGGAAAGGAAAACUCAGACAAAGUUUCAGCCAGACUUAGAUCAGUCAGUGGAAAGGGAGCUGGUGCUUUCUUGGAAGCAAUCCUAACGGCAAACAAGCUUGCACUAAAACCUGGCAAAUUUUAUCUAACAGCUUGUUUACAUUUAGCACUUCAUCUUCCUUUUCAGGGAAUACAAGAUAAGUGUGAUUAUGGGACACACCUUAACUCUUUUGGGUAUCAUCUCUUAACAUGUAAACACAGAGGAGGCCCCAUCUGGGCUCAUGACUUAAUUGUGAGCUCUUGGUCAGAAUGCCUGAAAGAGUUAGCCGUUCUCCACAAUAAAGAACCAAAAAUAGAUAUCUGCACAAUGAGGAUAGUCUCAUGUGACACUAGUAUUUUGUCUGAUCAGAAGAUGGAUAUUUCACUUGCGUAUCCCUGGAGUGAAGAGGUCGUCAGAACUUGCACCAAACUGAGAGAAUUUGCUGCAAAGAAAAGAGAAGAAAUGAAAAGUGGUAAAUAUGACAUUGAGAUUCUUCCAGGAGGUAGCCAUCAAAAUGCAUGUUUGUAGUACGUGUUUGAGCACUUUGGCACCCGGAGAGUUGCCCCUGACUGUCUGCUGAACACUGUCGCUUAAUGCGACACUGUCAAUAUUUAUGUGCAUGCUUGUGUCACACUUUGCGCAAACCUACGUCAGGACUCCUAGGACAGCGUAAUGGCGUUUCGUGACGAUAGAACACAUAUUAGAUGCUACGUGUACUAGAAAUGUCUUCAUAACACUUGCUGUGAACUUGCGACGACGUCCUGUCCCUUGAUGUGCACCUCCGUGGCUUCUCUUCUGAUAUACCGAUGUCAAACUCAGGCGUGUUCAUGUGCACUCACAUUAAUUACUUAAGUUAGCGUUUUACCUAACAUUUUUAUGUAGUUUGCCGUAUCUAUCUAACGUCGUUGUACUAGAAAAUUUGAUAUCCAAUAAAUCGAUGAUAA